UGAAGGCGGUGAAGCGAGAGACCCGCGGCCGCACUGAAGAGGGAGCAGCACUGACCGAGCGCCAACGUCCGGAGUCUCGCGCCUUAGAGACCAGCCAGCCCUCCUGUUGCUAUGGGAAUUCAAGGCCUGGCCAAACUGAUUGCUGAUGUGGCCCCUGGUGCCAUCCGAGAGAAUGACAUCAAGAGCUACUUUGGCCGCAAGGUGGCCAUCGAUGCCUCCAUGAGCAUUUAUCAGUUCCUAAUUGCCGUGCGCCAGGGCGGAGACGUGCUGCAGAACGAGGAGGGGGAGACCACCAGCCACCUCAUGGGCAUGUUCUACCGCACCAUCCGCAUGAUGGAGAACGGCAUCAAGCCCGUGUAUGUCUUCGACGGCAAGCCGCCGCAGCUCAAGUCAGGUGAGCUGGCCAAGCGCAGUGAGCGGCGGGCUGAGGCGGAGAAGCAGCUGCAGCAGGCUCAGGCUGCUGGGGCCGAGGAGGAGGUGGAGAAGUUCACCAAGCGGCUGGUGAAGGUCACCAAGCAACACAACGAUGAGUGCAAGCAUCUGCUGAGCCUCAUGGGCAUCCCGUAUCUGGAUGCACCCAGUGAAGCCGAGGCCAGCUGUGCCGCCCUGGUGAAAGCCGGCAAAGUCUAUGCCGCGGCCACAGAGGACAUGGAUUGCUUGACCUUCGGUAGCCCUGUGCUCAUGCGGCACCUGACGGCCAGUGAAGCCAAGAAGCUGCCGAUCCAGGAAUUCCACCUGAGCCGGAUUCUGCAGGAGCUGGGCCUGAACCAGGAGCAGUUUGUGGAUCUGUGCAUCCUGCUGGGCAGUGACUACUGUGAAAGCAUUCGGGGCAUCGGGCCCAAGCGCGCUGUGGACCUCAUCCAGAAGCACAAGAGCAUCGAGGAGAUUGUGCGUCGACUCGACCCCAACAAGUACCCUGUGCCAGAAAAUUGGCUCCACAAGGAGGCCCAGCAACUCUUCCUGGACCCCGAGGUGCUGGACCCCGAGUCGGUGGAGCUGAAGUGGAGCGAGCCAGAUGAAGAGGAACUUGUCAAGUUCAUGUGCGGUGAGAAGCAGUUCUCCGAGGACCGGAUCCGCAGUGGGGUCAAGCGACUGAGCAAGAGCCGCCAGGGCAGCACCCAGGGCCGCUUGGAUGACUUCUUCAAGGUGACCGGCUCGCUCUCUUCAGCUAAGCGCAAGGAGCCGGCAUCCAAGGGACCCGCUAAGAAGAAGGCAAAGACUGGUGCAGCAGGAAAGUUCAAAAGGGGGAAAUAAAUGAGUUUCCCCCAUGAUACCUUGACCCCAGAAUAUCUGCCUUGUUGCACCCUUAAGAGCUAGCGCUAGAGAAACCUCCGUGGGGGCGGGAGGGGACUAUAUGGCUUCUCGCGCUACCCUUACCAGUAGUGCUUUUCCCUUUUCCCUUGAUUGUAUGGCAGGAAGGCCACAGAGGUACUUCGUUUCCUCCCUUUUAGCUCAGGAAAGUAUGUGAGGCUCAAACCGCCACCCAGGCAUUUUAAUGGACACUGAAUCCAUUGUUAUGUGAAGGUGAAAGCAACAAGAUUUGAAGAAAGGAGAAGGAGAAAAUGGUAGAGACAAAAGAUUGGAUGAUUUUCUGACUUGCUG